GAGGAGAGGCAGAAUCAAAUGAAUAAAUGAAAAGGAACAAAGUUGGGCUUUGACGUUCAGGAGGAUGAAAUGCAAUGAGACAAAGAUAUACAUCAGGGACUGAGAGUUUACAGGAAACAAGACAUCUGUCACCAGUCACAUUACUUGUAGGGCAUCCAGUGUCACUUUGUCAAGUGCAAGACAAUUGCCCUCCUAACCCAUCGCAAGGCUCCAACAUCAGAGAGGUAACGAGGGGAGGGCGAUGAGACGACUGAGCCACUGACAACAAUUAGACUAACUCCGCAGUCUUGAAAGGGAGCAUCAUGGGAGGAGAGAACCUCGUACAGCCUCAAGUUCCAGGGGAAAUGGCUUCCGACACCUUCAGCCCAGUUCCUCAUGGCUUCAGGUCCACGGCAUCAAACUGCCCAUAUAUCGGGGGCUAAAUUGGCAGUAAAUUGGCUCAGAGAGAGCAGGAGAGGCUGGCAAGGCGAGGGGGAAUGCAGGUGUCACACUAACACAGUUAGGGACAAUCAGACAGGAUUGAAGCUGAAGGUGAAUUAACACAGCACUCGUUGCCAGGGAAACACCCUCUUCUCUUUCCCAACGCCAUGAGGAGACAGGAAGUCGGCGAGGAUUAACUGAUGCCACCAGCACGGAGAAGGAAACAGGCAAAGAGACGUUACUGCUCGUGGAGGCCGUAGCAUAGAGAUCCCAGAAGAACAGAUUUACGUGGAGAGUUCAGUGGUGACAUGGCUCAGCUGGUAUUCCAAUGGCUGAGAGUGAGGACAAGUCGGGAACCACUCUCAUCACAUUGACCUUUCUGCUGAAUUGAUACUGACCUGAGGUGCGAAGGGCAAUCUCAGUCCAGGCAGCUACGAGUCUAUGUAGAGAGAGAGAGAGCAAGCGAGCGAGAGAGGCAUCAACGGGAGAAAAGGUUGAUUUAACUGCGAGGGCUGAUUUAACAAACAGCUUGAUGCUGAGAUUGGAAGAUGGUUGGAAUCCAUGGGAGGAUGAGACCAAAUGUCCCAAAGAGUCUUCAGCUGAACGCCGCCUGUUGUUGUGAUCUGAAGCCAAGGAUAAUGAUUAGGAGAAGCCUGGGGAAUCCAUUGAGAUCAAUUGGGAUCAGAGUAGACUGGAUCUCAUGUCACCUCUCUCCCCGUCCCAGGAACAAGAAUCUUCGAAGGCGAAGACGUCGGUAGACUCGCGGCGAGAGAUGCUGCGGCGCUACAAGGAGGACAAGCUCCUGCGCCAACUGAAGGCACAGCGCGAGAACCCGAAGCCCGUGUUCAGGGCCGGGGUUUACAGGCCCGAUGCUGCACAAUACCUGGAGUUGAGAACUGUGCCCCAAACCACCGAGCAAUCCAAACCAAAGACAUUUCUUCCUUCUUCUCUGAGAGUCACAAGGUCCAUGUCUAAGAAGCUGGAGAGCAUGCUUCCUAACGAAACCAGACAUGCAGUUUCUACCAAGGUGGAUUCAGUCGUAGCUCAUGUAAAAUCUAAUCAAGGAGGUUACACACGAGGCCUUGCAGUAACCCAAGCUCAGUGCCAGCUCCCACCACCAGCAGCAGGUGCCAAGGAGAGAAAAGCUCCCCACGCUGCACCCCUAAAGCCACCACAGACAAGAGGCCGGACAGAACCCAAGCCAGCCCUGAAAGUAGCAGGGCCUGUGCCAGCAGCAUCCAUAAAUCCACCACAGACACGGGGACGGACAGGAUUAAAGCCAAUACUGAAAUCUGCAGCAUCUGUGCAGGUCAGCGAGCCUCGAAUAAGUGUGGGUAAGACUCUGAAACAAGCUGAGAAGGAAGAGAAACACUACAGAAAGCAGGCUGCUCACAUUCUACCUGCACAGCCAGAACCUGAAAUCCUCCCUGAACCAGACAGUGCGGAGGAGAUGGCAGGAGGUGCGGAGGAGAUGGCAGGAGGUGCGGAGGAGAUGGCGUUGCAGGCUGGUGACGGCAGACAAAUACUAUCUAGUGCCACCGUGUUGGCCCCUGGGGAAGUGGACAAGAAGGUCUCCUUUGCCCCUGAGAACUACGCAUUCAGACCUAUGACUGGAUUGGCCCCAUUCAUUUUUACCCCAUUGAGCCCCCGCCAGGCAGCCAGUUUUUUGGGAACCAGUUCCUGGGGCCCCAUCGGACACAAACAUUCUAGGGGGAAUAGAAUUUGUUCUCCAACAGUGUGCACAACUGUUGAAAGUAAAUCAGCAUUAGAAAUUAACUGUGACACGAAAGGUGAAGAGCCUGCUGAUAUUGUUGAUGACGUGGAAGCCCCUGUGUGUAGGAAACCCCAGGAGUCUCUUGCUGCAAGCCUCUCCAUUGAUGUGAAAGGAUCAAUACAUGAUGUGCCCUAUUUCAGAGGAGUUAUGCGUUCAGAGACUGAGAAACUCACAGCAUUGUGUCAGCAGUGGGAGAGUCAGGCUGAGCUGCCAGAGGUUGCCGAUAGUGGUAAGGACCUAAUUCGCACAACGGUGGGACAAGCACGUCUCCUGAUGGCUCAGCGCUUCAAACAGUUUCAAGGACUUAUUGAUGACUGUCAAAUGGAGCGUGGCCAAAAGGAAGUCACCUGCACGGAUCUGGAUGGCUUUGGGAUAUGAUCUACUUCCAGGUUGAAGAUGUGAGCAAAAAGUUUGACCUUCUGAAAACCCUUCAGGAGAAUGGCUGGCAGGAGCAGAGAGACGUGCCCUCAUUACCUAAAAGAGUGGUCAAG